AUGAAGGUGCUCAACGACCAGGGUGUUUCUCAAACGGGGAAGGAGCCCACUGACAAAGGUAAGGUUAGUUCCUACCUCUGACAGGAUCAUCCACACCUUUUGCCGCCUUCCCUCUGAGAUGUAUCCGACCAGCUCUCUGCCAUCCAGCCUCAUUAUUACAUUGACAUUUUAGUCAUUUAGCAGACACUCUUAUCCAGAGCGACUUACGGGAGCAAUUUGGGUUAAGUGCCUUGCUUAAGGGCACAUCGACACCUAGUCGGCUCGGGGAUUAGAACCAGCGACCUUUCGGUUACUGGCACAACGCUCUUACCCACUAAGCUACCUGCCGAACCCAUUUUCCAGACUGUCCUUGGUUUGCGGCAAGCCUGGUAACCCAACUAGGGUUUAAUAGUGGGAACCGGGUUACUGAGAUUUCCCGCCCAAACCCACUCCCGUUUCCCAGGAACAAUAACUGCGAGAAACCGGUAAAUUAUAAUAAAUUAUUUAUAUGAACAGCUUGACGUGAAAAGGAACAGUGAAGUUAUAUGCAAUGUCUAUAUCGGUCUUCUCUACGGCCUUCUCUGCUAUCUGCAUGAUCAAUCAUCAACGCUCAGGGUGGGGACAGACAGCGCAUCUCAUAUGCAGUUCACAAUGCAUGGAUCAUUUCAUCAGUGGGUAACUUUUUUUCUCGUGACAUAGUCUAUGCCAUCCAGCCUCAUUAUCCAGACUGUCAUAGCCUAUGCUACAGUAAUAUUAGGACUAAUAUAACUGAAUGUGCAUCUAAUUUACACAUCUCCAUCUGCUUUUCAGGGGGUCACCUUAUUCUAAAAAAAUUGCAGCUGCAGAGUUUUAAAACAGCCUAUCCUUUGAAUAUCGUUGCUUUAAAUAACUCGAGUAUCGUUGCUUUAAAUCGGUGCUCACGUGAGAACGGUGUUUGGCUCUCUCCAUUGCAUCAAAAAUAGGUAAUUCUGUUAGAGAUUAAUAUAUUUACAGUUGCAGCCAAAUAUAUUGGCACCCUUGCACUUUUCUUAAAUAAUUCCCUAUUUCUUCUAAAAUAAGUUGAAAUUCAAAAAAAGGUUUGCUCUCCUCACUUUAUUGGAUUUUCAACAUUGCAAAACCAAUUUUAUUUUUGUGAACUUAAGUUAAUGAUUUUAAUUUAACAAAUACAAUUAUUGGCACACCGGCGCUAGUACUUGGUUGCACCGCCUUUGGCCAAGAUAACGGCCAACAAAUGAGUUGGAUAAAAUAAAAUAUAAAGGUCUCUGUGUUUUUGGAGUGCAAUGUUCAACCCACUGUCCAAAAACUGUUUGUCUGAUGAAGGUUGUGGAUCUUCCAGCAGGACAACCCCCUAACACACAUCAAAGCACCCUGAAGUUGUUCAAGAAGAAACGCUGGACUGUUCUGGAGUGGCCAACGAAGAGUACAGAUCUGAAUCACAUCCAUUACCUAUGGCAAGAGCUGAAAACAGCAGUUGGUGGAGGGUACCUCUCAAACAUUGAAGAAUUAGAGAAGUUUGCUGCUGAAAAGUGGGACAAAUUGCUAGUAGAAAGUUGCAGCAAGCUCAUUGAUGGCUACAAGAAGCGUUUGUCUGUAGUUAUCUUGGCCAAAGGCUGUGUAACCGAGUACUUGUUCUGGGGUGCCAAUGAUUUCCUACAUGCCAUGUCUUUAUUUUCUAAAUUAAUAUUGUAAACUUAAGUUUAGAAAAAUAAAGUGGGUAAUUCUGCAAUGAAUCCAAUAGCAAGGUAUGGAGAACACAUUAUUUUUCAACUUAUUUGAGAAGAAAUAGGGAAUUCUUUAAAGAUGGACUAUGCAGAAAUCGCUCCACCAUUUCCUGGUUGCCAAAAUUCUAAUAGUUCGCUUUAAUUUGUGACAAAACAAGCAGGUAUAGUGUAGAGAAUCAUUAUACCUUCUAAACAGCUGUGAAAUAGAUUUUACAUAGCCCAAAAUAUUGUAUUUUCAGCUAUUUGAAGCUGGUGUGCAAAACAAAGUAAAAUAUGCAAAAAAUGGAAAGUAUAGAAAUAGUGUGCAUACAACAACAGAUCCUAUCACAUCUUAGACUUUCUUUUAAUGAGAAUGACACAUUUCUAAGUGAAUUUGGUCGGGUCGUCCAAAAAGUUACAUAUUGCAGCUUUAAGAAAAGUGCAAGUGUGCCAAUGUAUUUGGCCUCUAUAUAUUCUGUGCCUUUGCGAUGUAUUAUCAUAGCCCUUGACUUAUUUAUUUCACAUUGUGUUGUGUUACAGCCUGAAUUUAAAAAUUAUUUAAAUAGAUGUUUGUGUUACACCGCUGUACUCCACACAUACAAUUCGAGCAGUGAAUUUCAAACACAGAUUCAACCACAAAGUCCACAAAUAUUGAAUCAAUUUUGAAUUCAGGCUGUAACACAACAAAAUGUGGAAUAAGUCAAGGGGUAUGAAUACUUUCUGAAGGCACUGUAGCAAUAGGUGCCCUUCUUUACGAGGCAUUGGAAAACCUCCCUGGUCUUUGUGGUUGAAUCUGUUUGAAAUUCACUGCUCGACUGAGGGACCUUACAGAUAAUUAUAUGUGUGGGAUACAGAGAUGAGGUAGUCAUUCAAAAAUCUAACCCAGAAAUUCCAGUCCAUAUGAUACAGUAUAAUACAAUACAGUACAGGAAUACAGUCCACACUCAAAAAGAUUACUGGAGCUUGUUUCAUUUAUUUACCCAAGAGAGCAUACAUCUAUGGGCUUUUAUGUUUUUCUGUCAUGCGUAAUGUACGGUAGCCUAUAGCCUAUCAUAUGUAUUGGAUAACGGCACAAUCAUUUGGGCUUUUUUGGGAUUGGGCUCAUAACAUUUAUUUAAUGUAGGGCUCAGAUAGUAUCAGGCUUGAAUUUUCAUGCCGCUCAAAACUCUAAUCAAAUCCAGACAUUUAUAUGCUGUAUAUGGUUUAGAAUGACACUUGCGGUUUUGGCGGGAAAUACCUGGUUACCUGGGAGAAAAGUGAUUUGUUCUCGGGAUGGAACAUUUGUAAAAUACCGGGAAAAUAUUAAACCCUAAACCCAACCCCACAGCAGUGCCAGGUGAACAAAGCAACAGCCUGGCCUCUGUGACUGUGGGACUCUGAGAUGUGAUCUGGUAUUGGGAUGGUGGGGGCCGUCACAGAGCCAAGAGCUCAGUGUUGGGCAGACCACUGUCUGGGGAAAAAGCUGCAACUCUACAAUGGAUGGGGGUGACCAAUACUUGAUCAUUUCAUGUUGUUACCUCUCCUCUCUCUCCUUAGGCCAUCGUUUUGAGGAUGUUCCUGGGGUACGGAGACACCUGGUCAGAAAGAGCACCAAAGGCCAAGUGGUGCAUGUCGGCAAGGACCACAAGGAGCCCAGCACACGCAGCCACAAAAAGGACCGGACCCCACAUGAGGUGAGCGACGGAAAAUACUACCUGUAGUACCCACUCCUUUGCUGAUGUUGGGACACAUUGUCACAUCCCUUGUUUCAGAUAUGAUUGAGUUUUAUUUAUCAGAUGGUUUUCAUGGAUUUGCUGAUGUUUUUGGCAAGGAUGGUUUAAAAGUAAAUGUGGUUAAUUGCUUCUUGAUCCAUAUUUAAACAAAUAAAUACAACUAAAAUUGGAACAUCAACUGGAAAAUCCAGCAAAAAUAUUCCCCCCUCUGAAUUUUGUGGAUGGGAGAGUGGGCAGGACACAAUACAUUUUUUAUGAAUGAGUUCUUUCCUUUCACACACUCAAAAGAAAGGGGCAGAGAAGAGCUCAUGUAAGGAGACACUGGGUUCUCCCUGAGAGAGGGAGCCCUGUUUUAUUAACACAUACACACAGGUCCCCAGCAGCCAGGUAAACAACAGGUUUAUCACAGGGUAACGAGUGUGUGGGGGGUAGAUGUAAGGGUCCCCUGCUCUGUGCGCGGAUCAGUGUUAGUUGUCAGUAUGUUGAGCCCACGCCUCCUCCACCCUCUCGCUCCUUCCAGUCGUUACCGCCAGUGGUUCUGUACCGUUCUGCCUCCCGGCCAGACGGCAUGGUCAUACUGGACUACUCCGGCCAAAUGGCCCGGCCCCAGAAGGUGAGGCGGCUUAGCCGGCCAAAUACAUGUUCCAGGAGUGUGUGUGUGCAUGUAGCGACGGGUCUGCACGUGAGGGUAGGUGCAGUAUGGUUACUCGAUAAUCAUUAGUUGUGUUGUUGGCUUGGUACUAAAACAGGUAGUGAUGGGUUGGGUAUCACUAACUCAUCAGCAUGGAGUUCGAUUGGUUGAUCUUUAACCAGCCUUUUGUGAAGUGAUAAGGCUGUAUGGUGUAAUACUGUGUUUCUACUCAUGAUAGUUUCUACUGUAUUUCUACUGUAUUUUUACUCAUCACAGUUUGUGGAUAUGUGAGAAAAACCUAAUUUAAACAGAGCAUCUAUUGAGCUCAUAAAAAUGGUUUUUCACUGAAAUGUUGCAUUUGCAUGUUGCUUAGGCUAUUUGCCACUGCCUAUAUUUGAGAAGUGUAUUGGCAUUGUGGAAAAUGUCAUUGCAUAUUUGUUAUUAAUAUAACCGAGUAACACUGGUGAGUGUGUUUCUGUUUGAUGUCAACAUGCAGCGCAGACCUGGGUACAAGUACUAUUUGAAAUCUUUCAAAUACUUUGAGCGUUUAAUGUCUGGAAUGUCAGAUGGACGGGUUUGCAGUUUUUUGACUAUUCUAUUGGUCCAUUAAUCCAGGCAAGCUCAAUCAAGCACAGAUAAAGUAUUUGAAAUGACUUCAAAUAGCAUUUGAGUCCAGGUCUGAUGCAGCUUUCAUGGUUUUAAGAAGUCAAUAGGUUCAAGGACCAGUGCCAACUACUUUCACACUUCACACUUUGAAGAGUGAAACUAGAUAAGCAAUUACAUAUACAUAUAGUUCUAUUAUAUAAUUAUUUUUGACUGUCUUCAAAGAAACAGCAUGAGCCUGAGAACAGCUAGCGUUAAUUCUAAAACAACAUUUGGAGAAUAAUCAAAUCAGAAGCAGAUACAGCCACAUUAAGCAUACUGAAAACAAUUUAUCCUGAUAGUUCAGCUAUUCGGAUCCUCACUGAAUCUAAUCAGAAUUGCUCAAUGAUAACUUGGAUUGAAGGAGAUGCUGGCUUGAACAUUUACAAUUCAGACUCCAGUAUGAAAAAUGUAUAAACUCACUAACUGUAAAUCGCUCUGGAUAAGAGCGUCUGCUAAAUGACUAAAAUGUCAAAUGUAAUGUCUAUGGGCAUACAAGGAAAAUGCUAAUAUCAAGAAUAUUGACUUGCAUUGGUUUUUGGACAAACAUGCUAAAAAAAUGUUUGCAAUUGGAUGCAGUGGCCACCGGCCAGGUAUACAAAACAAAUGCAGGGAGUGCUCUCUUACCUUGUCCAUAGACUGAUUUACAGGGUAAAUUAACCAAUGUCAUUUUGUAAUUUGGGUGUACUGUCCCUUUAAAUUCAGCCUGUCUCCCCUCUCAGGUGUUUGUGGAGCUGAACGAGCUUAUCAUGGAUAAGAACCAGGAGAUGCAGUGGCGGGAGACGGCCCGUUGGAUCAAGUUUGAGGAGGACGUGGAGGAGGAGACUGACCGCUGGGGCAAACCCCACGUGGCCUCGCUCUCCUUCCGCAGCCUGCUGGAGCUCCGCAAGACCAUCUCCCAUGGUAGGAGAGAGAGAAGAGACUGAGGGAGAGGAGGGAGAGAGAGGGAGCGAUUGUGUGUGUUUAGAGAAAGGAGACUCUGUGUGCAGUGUUUCCCCUAUAUGAAUCGUUGCCGCCACCCCUAAAUCGUUGCUGCUGCUCCCAAUAUUUGUUUAAAUAUGUUUUUUUCAUAUUCCAGAUAUAUAUACAGUGCAUUCGGAACGUAUUCAGACCCCUUGAUAUUUUCCCCAUUUUGUUACGUUACAGCCUUAUUCUAAAAUUGAUUAAAUAAAACAUUUCCCUCAUCAAUCUACACACAAUACCCCAUAAUGACAAAGCGAAAACAGGGUUCUAUAAAAAAUUUUUUUCUUUUAUAUAAAUACCUUAUUUACAUAAGUAUUCAGACCCUCCUGUUUCCAUUGAUCAUCCUUGAGAUGUUUCUACAACUUGAUUGGAGUCCACCUGUGGUAAAUUCAAUUGAUUGGACAUAAUUUGGAAAAGCACACACCUGUCUAUAUAAGAUCCCACAGUUGACAGUACAUGUCAGAGCAAAAACCAAGCCAUGAGGUUGAAGGAAUUGUCCAUAGAGCUCCGAGACAGGAUUGUGUCGAGGCACAGAUCUGGGAAAGGGUACCGAAACAUUUCCUGCAGUAUUGAAGGUCCCCAAGAACACAGUGGCCUCCAUAAUUCUUAAAUGGAAGAAGUUUGGAACCACCAAGACUCUUCCUAGAGUUGGCCGCACUGCCAAACUGAGCAAUCGGGGGAGAAGGGCCUUGGUCAGGGAGGUGACCAAGAACCCAAUGGUCACUCUGACAGAGCUCCAGUGUACCUCUGUGGAGAUGGGAGAACCUUCCAGAAGGACAACCAUCUCUGCAGCACUCCACCAAUCAGGCCUUUAUGUUGGAGUGGCCAGACAGAAGCCACUCCUCAGUAAAAGGCACAUGACAGCCGCUUGGAGUUUGCCAAAAGGCACCUAAAGGACUCUUAGACCAUGAGAAAAGAUUAUCUGUUCUGAUGAAACCAAGAUUGUGGAUCAAGAUUGAACUCUUUGGCCAGAAUGCCAAUCGUCACGUCUGAAGAAAACCUGGCGCCAUCCCUACAGUGAAGCAUGGUGGUUGCAGCAUCAUGGUGUGGGGAUGUUUUUCAGGGGCAGGGACUGGGAGACAAGUCAGGAUCGAGGGAAAGAUGAACGGAUUAAAGUACAGCGAUAUCCUUGAUGAAAACCUGCUCCAGAGUAGCUUCGGGACAAGUCUCUGAAUAUCCUUGAGUGGCUCAGCCAGAGCCCGGACUUGAACCCUAUCGAACAUCUCUGGAGAGACCUGAAAAUAGCUGUGCUGUGACGCUCCCCAUCCAACCUGACAGAGCUUGAGAGGAUCUGCAGAGAAGAAUGGGAGAAACUCCCCAAAUACAGGUGUGCCAAACUUGUAGCGUCAUACCCAAGAAGACUCGAGGCUGUAAUCGCUGCCUGAAUGGUCCAGCACCCAAAGCACAUCCAGCCAACUUGACACAGCUGUGGGAGGCAUUGGAUUUAACAUAUUUUGUACACCGUGUAUGUGUGUGCGUGUACGUGUGUGUGUCUGUGCGUGUGUGUGUGUGUGUGCCCGCCCUGCUGUGACCCCAGUGUCCUUGUGCCCUCUGCCACCAGGGGCGGUGUUGUUGGACCUGGACCAGAAGACCCUGCCUGGCAUCGCCCACCAGGUGGUGGAGCAGAUGAUCAUCUCAGACCAGAUCAAGGCUGAGGACCGCGCAAACGUGCUCCGAGCCCUGCUGCUCAAACACAGGUACACCAUCACCACUACACCUAAACACCAACCAGGACGGCUCAGUGGAAAAUACACUCUUGAGUAUCUAGUAACCCUCUUAGUAUGGAAGUACGGAAUACUUGUGUAGAUUAAGCAAAUUAAGUGUGUGUACACUUUAUACUCUGGAUAUUGUUUUUCAACAGGAAAAGUAUAAAAAACUAGCUGGAGUUCGUCUAAUUUUCUGAUCUCAUAGAUGAAAUAGCAUUAAUAGCUCAGCAUGUCAAUUCACACAAUGUUAAACAUGCCAUGUCUCUGCCUGUCUCCCUGGUCCCGCCGCCUGCUUGCUUGGUAGGUCGCACCUUGCCCUCUCGCACGCUAUGUAUCUCCUGCUCAACCUCUGUGUGCCUUUACCUCCCUCCCCCCGCAGUCACCCGAGCGAUGAGAAGGAGCACAGCCACAACCCCUUCCCCAGGAACAUCUCGGCGGCCAGCCUGGGCAACCUGCUGCCCCACCAACACAGCUCCAACCACAUCCACCAUCCAGAGCCCUCCGUCACAGACCCCCUCAUGGGCUUGACAAGCACGGGGGAGCAGGAGACACGCAUCGACAUGGAGAAGAACGACCUGCAGGUAGCUACAGUAUAGGUUUGAUUAUAUGUAAGGGAUAAAUGCUGACUCUGCUCCGCCUUGUCCCACUGCGUCGUCCAUUAUUCCAAGGUAAUGUACAGAACGGAGGCGUUUAUCCCGAUUAUACCACAGUUGCCAAAGAAAACAAUACUAAAGCACACAUUUACCGGUAGAAGUACAUUAAGAAAAAUGAUAUUUUCAUUUUUCCUUUUAAUCUUUUGGUUGCUAGAGACACGAUCCAGUCAUUCAUUCGAUAUUUAUGGACGUGACCCAGUUGUUCGUUCUAUAUGUUCAGUUGCCAUGCUCACUGGCAUCGUUCUUGUCCCUUGCUUGCUAGCUAGCCAACUAGCUACGGCUAACACAGUCACAACCUCUGCAGCCAGAAUAACAGCAAAGUAGUGCAUUUGCAUUUGUUUAAGCUGUUUUCUGUUGACAUUCAUUUGCACACAUCCAUAACAAUGAGCUGAUUAUGGCCAAUUUUGCCUGGCAUAGCUAGAAAAGUUUGCCUUCUCAUCAGGACACUCGACACUGUUCAUUACGUGGAGAUCGCGUUGCAUAUCAAACGCUAGGCUAGAAGCUAGCUAAACAGUUUGUUGCUAGUAAACCUACCAUAUUGGCAUCUUUAUUAAAAAAUGUCAAACUAGAAACAUGUGGGAGGAUUUGACAGCAUAACGCCACUUGCAUCAGGACUGCAACAGUAGGGACCAGAUAAAUUAAUUUUCAUCACUCACCACGUUAUUAGGUCAUCAGAUGCUCCAAAAAAAGAUGUCUGCAAAAACAAAUCAAUGCUGGCUAGCUAAGAUUUUCCUCAUUAGACCUGCGUUUACAAUGUAUCCAAUUUCGGUUUGUGUGGUUGUUGGUUUAGCUUUCUGUAACUUUGUAGCAAGUGCGGGCUGCAUCUGUAGGCGCAUAUUGCAUCAUGAAUGCAAGGUGUCCCGAUCUUUUCCAACUGUCCCAUUAUCUGGUUUUAAUGUCCAUUCUAGAAUGCCCUUCUAGCCAAUCAGAAACAUGUAUUCAACCGUGCUGUGUAUAAGUAGUGAGGAAUGUAUUAGGCAGAUUAUUCUACUGCUAAAGAGUGUAGGUAAGUGUGUGUAUGUGCAACUUGUGUACACAGGGAUAUUGAACUAUCAUGUAAAAUCUUCAGUGGAUCAUUUUUUGUGGAGGGGGCAGUCUGUCCCAUUGAGUUACCAAGGCCUGGGUUAAGUCUGUCCUGAUUGGUAUUGCAGCAGAUGGAGUCUACUCCAAAUAUCGGCAUACACCGGUCCAAGUCCAAGCAUGAGCUCAAGCUGCUGGAGAAGAUUCCAGAAAAUGCUGAGGCCACUGUUGUCCUUGUGGGUGAGUGGUCUUAUUUAAUCUAAGAACCAGAAGUACCAGAAACCGUCUCCUGUUACCUUUUUUUUAAUUUCAAAUAACAUACUACUACUACUACUACUACUACUACUACUACUACUACUACUACUACUACUACUACUACUACUACUACUACUACUAUUAAUAAUAAUACACUGCUCAAAAAAAUAAAGGGAACACUUAAACAACACAAUGUAACUCCAAGUCAAUCACACUUCUGUGAAAUCAAACUGUCCACUUAGGAAGCAACACUGAUUGACAAUACAUUUCACAUGUUGUUGUGCAAAUGGAAUAGACAACAGGUGGAAAUUAUAGGCAAUUAGCAAGACACUCCCAAUAAAGGACUGGUUUUGCAGUUGGUGAUCACAGACCACUUCUCAGUUCCUAUGCUUCCUGGCUGAUGUUUUGGUCACUUUUGAAUGCUGGCGGUGCUUUCACUCUAGUGGUAGCAUGAGACGGAGUCUACAACCCACACAAGUGGCUCAGGUAGUGCAGCUCAUCCAGGAUGGCACAUCAAUGUGAGCUGUGGCAAGAAGGUUUGCUGUGUCUGUCAGCGUAGUGUCCAGAGCAUGGAGGCGCUACCAGGAGACAGGCCAGUACAUCAGGAGACGAGGAGGAGGCCGUAGGAGGGCAACAACCCAGCAGCAGGACCGCUACCUCCGCCUUUGUGCAAGGAGGAGUAGGAGGAGCACUGCCAGAGCCCUGCAAAAUGACCUCCAGCAGGCCACAAAUGUGCAUGUGUCUGCUCAAACGGUCAGAAACAGACUCCAUGAGGGUGGUAUGAGGGCCCGACGUCCACAGGUGGGGGUUGUGCUUACAGCCCAACACCGUGCAGGACGUUUGGCAUUUGCCAGAGAACACCAAGAUUGGCAAAUUCGCCACUGGCGCACUGUGCUCUUCACAGAUGAAAGCAGGUUCACAGUGAGCACAUGUGAUAGACGUGACAGAGUCUGGAGACGCCGUGGAGAACGUUCUGCUGCCUGCAACAUCCUCCAGCAUGACCGGUUUGGCGGUGGGUCAGUCAUGGUGUGGGGUGGCAUUUCUUUGGGGGGCCGCACAGCCCUCCAUGUGCUCGCCAGAGGUAGCCUGACUGCCAUUAGGUACCGAGAUGAGAUCCUCAGACCCCUUGUGAGACCAUAUGCUGGUGCGGUUGGCCCUGGGUUCCUCCUAAUGCAAGACAAUGCUAGACCUCAUGUGGCUGGAGUGUGUCAGCAGUUCCUGCAAGAGGAAGGCAUUGAUGCUAUGGACUGGCCCGCCCGUUCCCCGGACCUGAAUCCAAUUGAGUACAUCUGGGACAUCAUGUCUCGCUCCAUCCACCAAUGCCACGUUGCACCACAGACUUUCCAGGAGUUGGUGGAUGCUUUAGUCCAGGUCUGGGAGGAGAUCCCUCAGGAGACCAUCCGCCACCUCAUCAGGAGCAUGCCCAGGCGUUGUAGGGAGGUCAUACAGGCACGUGGAGGCCACACACACUACUGAGCCUCAUUUUGACUUGUUUUAAGGACAUUACAUCAAAGUUGGAUCAGCCUGUAGUGUGGUUUUCCACUUUAAUUUUGAGGGUGACUCCAAAUCCAGACCUCCAUGGGUUGAUACAUUUGAUUUCCAUUGAUAAUUUUUGUGUGAUUUUGUUGUCAGCACAUUCAACUAUGUAAAGAAAAAAGUAUUUAAUAAGAUUAUUUCAUACAUUCAGAUCUAGGAUGUGUUGUUUAAGUGUUCCCUUUAUUCUUUUGAGCAGUGUAUUUGAUGGGUACUUAUAUUUGUACUAUUUCACACAUUAAUAUGCAUGUGUGAAUUGGAAAUGUAUUUUUUUGCAUAUCCCAACUCUCCCUGAGACACUCUCGGAGAGUGGGGUCACAACCAGGUUCAAAUAACAUCUGAAACGGUAGUCUAAUAUCAAGCAUUCCCACUUUGUACAGUGUAACAGCAUGCCCUGUUACCCUCUAAUGUCCCCCCCCUCCUCUCCUCCAGGCAGUGUGGACUUCCUGGAGCAGCCCACCAUGGCCUUUGUGCGGCUGCAGGAGGCGGAGGAGCUGGACUCUGUCCUGGAGGUCCCAGUGCCAGUCAGGUUCAUCUUCGUCCUGCUGGGACCCCCCAGCACCAACAUGGACUACCACCAGAUCGGACGCUCCAUCUCCACACUCAUGUCUGACAAGGUCCGUGCGCUGUACAUUUACAUUUACUCUUAUCCAGAGCGACUUACAAAUUGGUGCAUUCACCUUAUGAUAGCCAGUGGGACAACCACUUUACAAUUAUUAUUAUUAUUAUUUUAUUUUUUUUUUGGUGUGGGGUAAGGGGGGGUAGAAGGAUUACCUAUCCCAGGUAUUCCUUAAAGAGGUGGGGUUUCAAGUGUCUCCGGAAGGUGGUGAGUGACUCCGUUGCCCUUGCGUCGUGAGGGAGCUUGUUCCACCAUUGGGGUGCCAGAGCCGCAAACAGUUUUGACUGUGCUGAGCGGGAACGGUGCCGUUCCCCUCACAGCUCCGUAGGCAAGCACUAUGGUCUUGUAGCAGAUGCGAGCUUCAACUGGAAGCCACUGGAGUGUGCGGAGGAGCGGGGUGACGUGAGAGAACUUGGGAAGGUUGAACACCAGACGGGCUGCAGCGUUCUGGAUGAGUUGUAGGGGUUUAAUGGCACAGGCAGGGAGCCCAGCCAACAGCGAGUUGCAGUAAUCCAGACGGGAGAUGACAAGUGCCUGGAUUAGGACCUGUGCCGCUUCCUGUGUAAGGCAGGGUCGUACUCUGCGAAUGUUGUAGAGCAUGAACCUACAGGAUCGGGUCACCGCCUUGAUGUUAGCGGAGAACGACAGGGUGUUGUCCAGGGUCACGCCAAGGCUCUUUGCACUCUGGGAGGAGGACACAACAGAGUUGUCAACCGUGAUGGCGAGAUCAUGGAACAGGCAGUCCUUCCCCGGGAGGAAAAGCAGCUCCGUCUUGUCGAGGUUCAGCUUGAGGUGGUGAUCCGUCAUCCACACUGAUAUGUCUGCCAGACAUGCGAUUCGCCACCUGGUUAUCAGAAGGGGGAAGAUUCAUUGUGUGUCGUCUGCGUAGCAAUGAUAGGAGAGGCCAUGUGAGGAUAUGACGGAGCCAAGUGACUAUGUAUAGUGAGAAUAGGAGAGGGCCGAGAACUGAGCCCUGGGGGACACCAGUGGUGAGAGCACGUGGUGCGGAGACAGAUUCUCGCCACGCCCCCUGGUAGGAGCGACCUGUCAGGUAGGACGCAAUCCAAGAAUGAGCCGCGCCGGAGAUGCCCAACUCGGAGAGGGUGGAGAGGAGGAUCUGAUGGUUCACAGUAUCAAAGGCAGCAGAUACAUUUUACAUUUUUAGUCAUUUAGCAGACGCUCUUAUCCAGAGCGACUUACAGUUAGUGAGUGCAUACAUUCUUUUUUUAUUUUUAUAUAUUUUUUUCAUACUGGCCCCCCGUGGGAAUCGAACCCACAACCCUGGCGUUGCAAACGCCAUGCUCUACCAACUGAGCUACAUCCCUGCCGGCCAUUCCCUCCCCUACCCUGGACGACGCUGGGCCAAUUGUGCGCCGCCCCAUGGGUCUCCCGGUCGCGGCCGGCUACGACAGAGCCUGGAUUCGAACCAGGAUCUCUAGUGGCACAGCUAGCACUGCGAUGCAGUGCCUUAGACCACUGCGCCACUCGGUGCCCAGAUAGGUCUAGAAGGACGAGAGCAGAGGAGAGUGAGUUAGCUUUAGCAGUGCGGAGAGCGGACACAGAGAAGAGCAGUCUCAGUUGAAUGACCAGUCUUGAAACCUGACUGGUUUGGAUCAAGAAGGUCAUUCUGAGAGAGAUAGCAAGAGAGUUGGCUAAAGACGGCACGCUCAAGAGUUUUGGAGAGAAAAGAAAGAAGGGAUACUGGUCUGUAGUUGUUGACAUCGGAGGGAUCGAGUGUAGGUUUUUUGAGAAGGGGUGCAACUCUCGCUCUCUUGAAGACGGAAGGGACAUAGCCAGCGGUCAAGGAUGAGUUGAUGAGCGAGGUGAGGUAAGGGAGAAGGUCUCCGGAAAUGGUCUGGAGAAGAGAGGAGGGGAUAGGGUCAAGCGGGCAGGUUGUUGGGCGGCCAGCCGUCACAAGUCGCAAUAUUUCAUCUGGAGAGAGAGGGGAGAAAGAAGUCAAAGCAUAGGGUAGGGCAGUGUGAGCAGGACCAGCGGUGUCAUUUGACUUAACAAACGAGGAUCAGAUGUCGUCAACCUUCUUUUCAAAAUGGUUGACGAAGUCAUCCACAGAGAGGGGGGGGGGGGGGGAGGAGGAGUAUUCAGCAGGGAGGAGAAGGUGGCAAAGAGCUUCCUAGGGUUAGAGGCAGAUUCUUGGAAUUUAGAGUGGUAGAAAGUGGCUUUAGCAGCAGAAACGGAGGAAGAAAAUGUAGAGGAGGGAGUGAAAAGAUGCCAGGUCCGCUGUAUUGUGGAGGCGAGAGCAGAGCAAGAGUCAAUUGAUGGGGGUUUAGUAAAACAUCCUUUUAUGCCUCUGUUUUGACACCUAACAUUUAACCAUCAUGGGCUGGGUUUCCUGGCCACAGAUUAAGCCCAGUCCUGGAGUCAAAAGCACUUUCAAUGAGAAUCUGCAUUGAGCAUGCUUUUUAGUAGAGGACUAGGCUUCAUCUGUGGCCGGGAAACCGUCCCUAUAUGUUUUUGUUACUAUGGUCAUAACCAUAAUAUGUGGUAUUUUAUCUCGCACAGAACUCUGAAUGCAAAAGAAAAUCCACACAUGGAGUGACCCUGUUUUGUUCUUGUUCAGUGGCUAUGAAAGCUCACAUAUACUGUAGGACGAUGAGUGUAACUCCAGUGUUUUUCCUGUUCUCCCCCGCAGCACUUCCAUGAGUCGGCCUACCUGGCGGACGACCGCCAGGACCUGCUCAACGCCAUCAACGGCUUCCUGGACUGCAGCAUCGUGCUGCCCCCCUCUGAGAUGGGUGGUGAGGAGCUGCUGCGCUCCGUGGCACGCUUCCAGAAGGAGAUGCUUCGCAAGAGGGAGGAGCAAGGAGCCCUGCUGGCCAAGGAACCCAAGAGCCAGGAGGAGAAAGGUGGGGAAUUCCGCAAUUUUGUUCACAGGGAAAUUAUGUCCUAGCAACUUUCUUAGCUUCUCAGACCGUUACAUGGACCCAGAUGAUAAUAUUUUAAAAGUUUCCUUUUUUUUAAUGCAAAAAAGAUUCCAAAGAAACGUCGCUUUUCUAGUCCAGUAUUUGAAAUCGGUCUGUGUUAAUGUAUUCCAGAGGCUCUCCUCUCACCCGGGAAGCCGGGAGACGACCCCCUGCAGCGUACUGGACGACCCUUCGGAGGCUUAAUCCGAGACGUGAAGCGCCGCUACCCAAAGUACGUGAGCGACUUCAAGGACGCGCUGAACGCCCAGUGCGCGGCGGCCGUCAUCUUCAUCUACUUUGCUGCCCUCUCCCCCGCCAUCACCUUCGGAGGCCUCCUGGGUGAGUCCCAGGGGUUAAAUGCAGCCAGCUAGCAAAUUCUGGCACAUUUACAGAAAUGUCCCUGUGUAAGUUAAUAAAGUGACGUGAAGAAUGGGGAACAAUGAAUAGGAAGCAAAAAUAACCACAACAUCUACCCGUCUACCUCUAUCAACACAUAACCAGACACUUAGCAUGUGUUUUAAAGUAGGCAAUGGAGCUAUAUUGAAUAUGUACAUAGCUUUUUAAAUAACAUUCUUAGGUCAUUCUCUGAAUGUUGCCUGUGUGGGUUCUUGACUGUGUGCCUUGUGGUAGGUGAGAAGACUGAGGGUCUGAUCGGUGUGUCUGAGCUGAUCGUGGCCACAGCGGUGCAGGGUGUUUUCUUCUGCCUCUUGGGGGCCCAGCCGCUCCUGGUGGUGGGCUUCUCCGGACCCCUGCUCGUCUUCGAAGAGGCUUUCUACUCGGUUAGUUACCUCAAACUGGGAUCUGAGAUCACAUUCUUGACUACUGCAUAAGAGUCCCUUUUUGUAUUUUCCUGCCGUUGAUGUUGACCUGUGUGUGUGUGCGGCCACAUGUCACUCUUCCAUCAGUGUCACAACUCGAUACUCAGUUCUGUCUUAAUUGCGUCCUAACCAUUCUUUCUCUCGCUGUCUCUCUGUCUGUGUGUGUCCAUAGUUCUGUAAGGGGAACGAGAUAGAGUACCUGACAGGCCGGGUGUGGAUCGGCUUCUGGCUCAUCAUCAUCGUGGUGACGACAGUGGCCUUGGAAGGCAGCUUCCUGGUACGCUUUGUCUCACGCUUCACCCAGGAGAUCUUCUCCUUCCUCAUCUCGCUCAUCUUCAUCUUCGAGACCUUCUCCAAAAUAGGCAAGGUACUGUACACUUGACGCUCAGUUAACUAUAGUAUUGAAACUGAUAGAAACGAUUUAGUGCCCUUCUAAGUGCUAAAAGCACUUUACAUUAUAGAGAGGGGAUCCAAUCUGACUGAUGAUAAAUGGAACUGACUUUAGAUUGGACUGUUCUCAAAACAUGGGGUCAAAAUGAGUACGUUUUCUUAACAGGUACACUCUUAAGAAAAUAUUUUGUGGUUGAGUGGCCAUGAUCCGAGAACAAAGUGAAAGGGACAGACAUCCCGACAAUUAUCUGGGCUUAUGAUUUCAGGAAUGUUACUAUUUUUAGACCUCUGCGAACACAAGACUUUCAAGGGAUUAUUUGUGUCAGGAUUAAUCUGUUUGCUGGGACCUUACAGGUAUGUCAGUUUGAAUCCCUCUGAAGCCGUGUUGAAGUGAUCUCAGAGAGGGGUGUGUGCGUGCGUAGGUGCGUGCGUGAAGCGGUGCUUUAAUGUGAAUGUUUUCUUUCUGUGUUGCCGGGCAGAUUUUCAUGGAGCACCCAUUGCAGCGCUGUUACCUUGACAACAGCACGGCGGAGAACACCACAAUGGAAAAUAGCACCCUGGAGCUAUUGCUUGGCAACGGCACUAUUUCGGUGGUGCCGGUGAAGGUCCUAGGGGAACCCAACACGGCACUGCUCUCCCUGGUGCUCAUGUCUGGAACCUUCUUCAUUGCAUUCUACCUGCGCAAGUUCAAAAACAGUGCCUUCUUCCCCGGCAAGGUAAGACACCGAUACGCUUUAUGAGGAGAAGGGGCGCUUUUCAUUCUCACUCUAAGCACAAUAGGGUUAUCAGGAUGGAUUUCAAUUCAAUACAAACUUAAAGGAACUAUUUUGUGUUGUUCAGCUCCGUAGGAUCAUUGGAGAUUUCGGGGUCCCCAUAGCCAUCCUCAUCAUGGUCCUAGUGGACUACAGUAUACGGGACACUUACACACAGGUGAGUAGUACUGCAAUGAAAAUAAUUCAUUGAAUUGUCUGGAUUAAUAAGCUUAACUACUGUCUUACUGAGAAAUUAUAUAGAACCAGUUACAUUGAAGACAUAAUAGUGCAUGUUAUGUCAUCACCCUCUAUAACACCUCACUUCCCUUAUCCCUGACCUUGUGUAGAAACUGAGCGUGCCCAGUGGCUUCUCUGUGACCAGUCCUGAGAAGCGUGGCUGGGUGAUCAACCCCCUAGGCAUGGACACCCCGUUCCCAAUCUGGAUGAUGUUUGGCAGCGUGCUGCCCGCCCUCCUGGUGUUCAUCCUCAUCUUCAUGGAGACACAGAUCACCACGUGAGACACACUAUCACACUACAUUACCCAUCACCCCUGUGUUCCAUCAUGAGCUCCCCCUUAAAUGAUUAGUGUGAAUGGAUCGUAUACAAACUGCGGGAAAUCAUGGAAGACAUUACAUUAUAUACUGUAUAUGAUAGGAUGUUUUUAUCCUGCAAGUUGAUUGACUCAUUCUCUGCUUCUCACCUGCCCUCCUCUCUUCUCCCCUAACUCAGUCUGAUAGUGAGUAAGAAGGAGCGAAUGCUGGUGAAGGGUUCCGGUUUCCACCUGGACCUGCUGGUGAUCGUAGUGCUGGGCGGCACCUCUGCCCUCUUCGGCCUGCCCUGGAUGGCCGCCGCCACUGUGCGCUCCGUAACGCACGCCAACGCCCUCACCGUCAUGAGCAAGGCGGUCGCCCCCGGCGACAAGCCCCGCAUCCAGGAGAUCAAGGAGCAGCGGGUUACAGGGUUGCUGGUGGCCGUCUUAGUAGGUGAGUGUCUAUUGGAUAGAUGUCGAAUAGACUAGCCUGGAAGAUGUUUGGUGCUUCUCAAAAGUUGAACGUAGCUUCCUCCCCUUGACUCCUCCCCUUCUUCUGCAGUGAUCUGAAGACACAGGAUAAAAACAAAACAUAGAAACGAAAUAUCUGUGACUUUGCUUACGGUGACUUUGCUUUCACCUGUGUAGUUAAUUCACGUCAGACUACUAGAAGAAGCAACUGUAGUAGAGUAUUGAGACGCAGUCAUGUUUGCAGUAAUAUCUCUUAACUCUUCUUCCCUCGUCCUCCAGGCCUUUCAAUAGUGAUCGGAGACCUGCUGCGUCAGAUCCCCAUCGCCGUGCUGUUUGGCAUCUUCCUCUACAUGGGCGUGAUGUCACUCAAUGGAAUCCAGUUCACCGAGCGUUUGAUGCUACUGCUGAUGCCCCCCAAGUACCACCCCGACCACACCUACGUCCGCAAGGUGACCACGGCUCAGAGUCACAGAGAGGCUCUGGUUCCCUAAACCUUUUUGGCCCUAAUACAUCGAAUAUAUAGCUUGGUCCCUGAUCAGUCUAAUGAGUAGGAGUUGUCAAAACUGCUCAAACAGAUCUGUGAUAAGGCUGUCAAAUAGAGCCUUUCCUGUAUAAUCCACUAUAUCAGGGAUGGGCAACUUUGAUGGGGGUGGGGGCCACAAAAACUCUGAAUUUAUCAUGAGGGGCUGCAGUGGCUCGUGGGCCUGCAUACCCGCAUCCAUACCCACACAUGCAGUCAGAGCCAGCCCUAGCUUACAUUUUGUUGGGGGGCCCACCCCACCUUGCGAGCAAACAUACCCCCCUCUUGACAGCAGAGGGGAAAAAAUGAUGCAAUUCUACACAUUUUGCCAUAGGGUGGAGAGAAAUAUUUGCGAUUUUUAAGCUAAUUUCCUACAAUUCUAUACAUUUUGCCCUGAUUUAAGCCAUAAUGUAAAUGUAAAUGUAAUGUUCAUAUGAUAUCUGAGUGAGAGUAAAUUACAAAAUCAAUGGGGCCCCCCUGGAGGUUAGGUCCCCUGGUCAUGUGCCCGAUUGGUAAUUAAAUCAUGAUUACUUCAGAAAGCUGGCUAGACUAACUUACCAAAUAAACAAAACAAAAAUUCUGACAUAGGCUAAUUGAGUGACUGUCAGUGACUGACAUAAGAUAAUUAUUAUUAUUUAUUUUUCGGAAAUUGAUCCACGGGCCUACAAAAGUGGGGCCGCCGCCAGUUGCCCAUCCCUGCACUAUAUAAACCCAUAGAGGCUAUUUCCACCAAGGGGAUACCAGAUUUUGUAUACAUACACUGAGUGUACAAAACAUUACGAACACCUGCUCUUUCCAUGACAUAGACUGACCAGGUGAAAGCUAUGAGGGGAGGAGACAGGUUAAAGAAGGAUUUUAAAGCCUUGAGACAACUGAGACAUGGAUUGUGUAUAUGUGCCAUUCAGAGGUUGAAUGGGCAAGACAAAAGAUUUAAGUGCCUUUGAACAGGGUAUGGUAGUAGGUGCCAGGCGCACCGGUUUGAGUGUGUCAAGAACUGCAACGCUGCUGGGUUUUUCUUGCUCAACAGUUUCCCAUGUGUAUCAAGAAUGGUCCACCAUCCAAAGGACAUCCAGCCAACUUGACACAACUGUGGGAAGCAUCGGAGUCAACAUAGGCCAGCAUCCCUUUGGAACGCAUUUGAUACCUUGUAGAGUCCAUGCCCUGGCGAAUUGAGGCUGUUCUGAGGGCAAAAGGGUUGCAACUCAAUAUUAGGAAGGUGUUCCUAAUGUUUUGUACACUGUGUAUGCGCUAUACCGUAUUACAUACUCAUGAUUUUCAUUGUCCCCUUUCGUGUGUAUUACGGUAAUCAACGUUAUUAACUAAUAGUAACUGUGUCCCCCAGGUGAAAACGCUGCGGAUGCACCUGUACACACUGAUCCAGCUAGUGUGUCUGGCGGCGCUGUGGGCCGUGAUGUCCACCGUGGCCUCGCUGGCCUUCCCCUUCGUCCUCAUCCUCACCGUCCCCGUCAAGAUGUUCCUGUUGCCGCGCAUCUUCACCACCCGUGAGAUGCAGUGUGUAAGUUGACCCUCACAGGGGCGCACUAGGCCCAUACACUAGCUUUAGGGCCAUUCACUAGGAGUCACCCUAUGGGCCCUGGUCAAAAGUAGUGAAUUAGGGUGCCAUUUGAGAUGUAUCGACUUUCUCUACUCAGAGGUUGUUUCAGGAGAGGGCCUUAUGGCACAUUAGUUGUAAUACUUACGGAGUUUAUUCUUAAAGGAUAAGUUGUUUUUUUACAACCAAAUCUACAUUUUUAAUGUAAAUGGCAUGUUGUAGAAGGGUCCAACACCUUUUUUGUGAUUUCACCAAACAGCGAAUCACUUCCUCAUGCUCGUUGUGCACUAUGAGGGUCCUGAAAAACCAUGAACAAAGGCUCCAAAAACACUCAAAUACGUCCUUUUAGAAACGGCAAAGCUCUCAGUAUAGUGAUGCAGGUCUUUGCACAUGAAAUUGUCAUUCCGAACUUUAUCCGCAAUGUUAUAUUCCCUUUUGUGCAAUUCACGAUGUUUCCCAUAUCCAGCUGUUAGAUUCUCGGUGUAGUCUGCUGCUACAAGUAACUGCCAAAAUCAAGGAAACACCAACAUAAAGUGUCUUAAUAGGGUGUUGGGUCACCACGAGCCGCCAGAACAUCUUCAAUGCGCUUUGGCAUAGAUUCUACAAGUGUCCGGAACUUCCUGUGUGGAAGCACCUGUUUUUAAUAUACUUUCUAUCCCCCAUUUAGAGAGUUAUUUAAGGUACUCUUCAGAGGUAGGGUAGGGUUAACGGUACAGCUACUGCCUUGCUCUAACAGUCUGCUCUCCUCUCUCACAGCUGGAUGCUGAUGACGCAGAGCCCAUCUUUGACGAGAGAGAGGUCCAUGAUGAAUACUCGGAGAUGCACAUGCCUGUGUGA